GAGACUGGAGACCCGGAAGUCGGCCUUCUGUUGCUCUCUUGUGACACAUGAAAGUCACCGGUACAACAUCCCGAUGUGUCGUUCGUCAUUUGUUCGAGGGAGCUAAACAGUAGCACGUGGUAAACAUGCGUACGGUAGAUUAUACGCCUUGUCAGUGCUCAUUCAAGCGAUAGGAUUUUGUGACGCUGGUUAUUCAACGCAACCUCACAUUACAGCUCUCUCAAAGUCAGAUUCACUGCAAGUGUUACACCGCCCUCGUCCUUUUAAAGUGUACAAAUGGCAAGGAGCCUCGGUCGAGUAUGCCUGGGCUUCCACCGCCUCGGCGCACUCUCCUCUGCGCCGCCUCCGCCCAGCCUGCUAACCUCCAGCCGAUCGGUCAGGACCAUCUUUGCACCGGCCAUCCUGGGGCUGCCAUCGUUUUUCUCCAAGCCCCGGGACUUCAGCCUGCCGAACUCCUCAUGGGGCUCAGAAAUGAUGCGGUUGUACAAACAUUAUAACAGCCAGUGUGAGGUGGAGAUGGAAGGAGGAGAGAAACAGGAAGGGCCGUGGCAAAGACUGCCGAGCUACAACCGCUUCCUCAAGUAUGCUACAGGUGGAGUUUAUCUUAGUAAGAUAAUUCAGUCAAAAGCUCGUCUUUUUACCCGGAACAACAGAGACACGGGGGCAACAUUUGAGUACGUUUUAUUUUUCAAUAGUGAAGAGCAGAAGUGUGUGGCCAUUUUCCAGGCUGGACACCUACUGGAGGGGCCGCCAGGACAUGUCCACGGGGGGGCAAUAGCCACUAUGAUUGACACUGUGGUAGGGGCUCAUGCUAACAUAGUAUCUGGACCUGUUGUGACUGCCAACCUCAACAUCAACUACCGCAGGCCUAUCCCACUGGGAAGCACAUUGGUGAUUGAAUCCUCUCUAAUUAAGAAAGAAGGCAAAAAAGUAUUUAUUACAUGCAAAGUGACCAGCAGCGAUGGCUCCAAACUGCACACAGAUACAACAGCACUGUUCGUGUCAAUCAAUAUCAGCCACCUACUACUGGGAUCGUGACGCAAACACACCAGACUACCACCUCCUCAAACACCGCCAGCAACCUGAGGCCACACCGUGUGUGUGUGUGUGUGUGUGUGUGUGUGUGUGUGUGUGUGUGUGUGUGUGUGUGUGUGGUAUUUUUGGGUUUUUUAUUUUCCAGGUGAUAUCAGAGAUACAUUUAUAUCCUAAUACUUAUAUGCUCUCUGCAUCAAACUACGGUUUCAUGAAAUAGUUUUUACUUACCUCUGCUUAGUGUUAUUAACACAUCAACAGCUCAUAUAUAAGCAUUAUUCAUUGUAAAUUUUAGGAUGUAUUUAUUGUAAUUUAUACAAUAUUUGUGGUUUGAAGUAACACUGGUGCCUUUGGAUGUAGGAUUAUUGCUCAGUGUACUGUAAAUUAAUAUUUUAUUUCUUCUAAUAAAGCCUUACCUAUUGGUAUUCUAUG